UGGCCAAGAACAAUGGCGGAAGUGAGGAACAAGCAGGUGAUACUGAAGGACUACGUGAGAGGGUUUCCAAAGGAAUCGGACAUGAUUGUUACAUCUUCCAAUCUGAAGCUGAAGCUUCCAGAAGGUUCCAAAGGGGUUUUAGUGAAGAACCUCUACUUAUCCUGCGAUCCCUACAUGCGCACCCGCAUGAGCUACCACGACACUUCUGCUUCUUAUGUCGAUUCCUUCAAACCUGCCUCUCCUAUAAGCGGGCAUGGAGUGAGUAAAGUGUUGGAAUCAGGGGAUCCAAACUUAAAGGAAGGGGACUUGGUUUGGGGGAUGACAGGGUGGGAAGAAUACAGCAUUCUGAAUGCGACACAGGGUCUCUUCAAGAUUCAUCAUACUGAUGUUCCUCUCUCUUACUAUACCGGUAUUCUUGGUAUGCCUGGCAUGACUGCUUAUGCCGGUUUCUAUGAGCUUGCCUCUCCUAAGAAAGGAGAAUAUGUCUAUGUUUCUGCCGCAUCUGGUGCGGUUGGUCAGCUUGUUGGCCAGUUUGCCAAGUUGGUGGGUUGCUAUGCGGUUGGCAGUGCCGGAAGCAAAGAAAAGGUGGAUUUGUUGAAGGACAAAUUCGGGUUUGACGAUGCUUUCAACUAUAAAGAAGAGCCUGAGUUGGAUGCAGCUUUGAAAAGGUAUUUCCCGGAAGGCAUAGACAUUUACUUUGAGAAUGUUGGGGGGAAAAUGCUUGAUGCUGUGCUGCUGAACUUGAGGGACCAUGCCCGAAUUCCGUUGUGUGGAAUGAUCUCGCAGUACAACCUUGAGAAGCCAGAAGGGGUACACAACUUAAUGCAGCUCAUUUUAAGAAACGCUCGCAUGGAAGGUUUCGUGGUUGGUGAGUACUAUCACCUCUACCCGAAGUUUCUUGAAUUUAUUCUGCCUCACAUUAGACAAGGCAACAUUCAGUAUGUGGAGGACAUAGCUGAAGGCCUGGAGAGUGGCCCCGCUGCUCUCAUUGGUCUCUUCUCCGGUCGCAAUGUCGGAAAACAGGUUGUUGUGGUUUCGCGUGAGUGAUCACGUCUCCCUUACUCCAACACCUCUUGAAAAUAGACUUUCUACUCUAAGAAUUAUGGCUAUAACUCGUAAUAAGAUAGUCUGUCUAAUGUGUUGUUGCUCCAGAGCGUUUUACAAGUGUACGUGUUUUUGUAAACAUUCGAAUAAAAAGGAAUCGUCUUCUGCGAUCUGUAUAAUAUGGCAUUAGUCUAAGACCAAAAUGGUGAAUUCAGAGCUG